AUGAGACUUGGUUCAAUGGAUAGUACAGACGUUUUAAAUGAGAAAAGUAUGAUUUAUGAAAGCUGUUCGACAGUAGAUGCAACCAGGCCCAGUAAUUCCUGUUUGGUAAACCAGAUUACUCAAUUGACAAAUGAGGUCCGUGACGCAAUCGAAUCAUUAAGACCAUUAGUACAGAAAUUACUGCAAAUCGAGAUGAAUCCAAGUACUAGGUCAAGCACUGAGAGUGAAUCUGCCCAAAUGAACUCAUACUCCAAUUUCCAAUUGAUUAGAGACCCAUCACAAAGCAUCACAAGACCUAACGAAAUUUCGGAAUCACAAAUGAUGUUACAACCCACAUUCAUACAUGAUUAUUCUCUUAACAACCAGUAUUUUGACCUCCAAGAAAUCAUGGUUGAAGGAUAUGAGGAAACAUGUGCGUAUAUCAAUGAUAUCAGGAAAAAGUUUACCGAUGCUGAUAGGGCAAAUGAAUUACCAUACAUCCAAUACCGAAGUCGACAAGUGGAAAAAGUAUUUAUAGCCAACUAUACAGCUUUAGCUUUAAAGUUAAAUAAGUCCAUGGCAGAUGAGUUGAUGUUAGAAAAGUUUGAUGAAUCAAAAUUCCCAACUUUUAAAGGAGAUGAUUAUGACAGUUUCUAUUAUUGGCUUAAGAGGUUGGUAUGGUAUAAACACACCUAUUUCAUUCCAGACUACUUGAUACGAGAUACAUUACUAGAUGCAACUCUAUCGUUGAACAAACCAGAUUUAACAAUGGUGGUCCGCUCAUCAUGUAAAUUAUUAAAGCAUUUUUUAUCAUCACCUAUUAGGUACGACCUUAUAUUCUCACUAUUGAAAGUAUUUAUCAUCGAUGACAAGAAUAUUGAUAUCAUUGAUGUAAUUAGUGAUGUGAUACAUCUGGGUUGGGACCCGAAGAGUACUAUGCUAACCAUUUGCGCUGAAAUGGACGUUUUCAUUAGAACGAAAGAAAGCAAAGAGUUGCUUUUAAUCACUUGGGUCCAACUUUUUAAAAUGUUGUUCGAAGAACUCGAAGAAAUUAUGGACCAAAUUAUAGCUUAUAUGAAACCAAUAGUUAGAGUUGCUAGACCCAAAGAGCAAGAAAUAAACACCAUUGUUGAAUUGGACGGUUUUGAAAUCAAGGCCCAUCUUGAAUUAAUAAAGAAAUGUUCUCAAGAACAGGUUUUGGCUAUGAAGAUGGCAGUAACUUUUGGUGAGAUAUGGGAAGCAGUGAGUGUUACAUAUACACAAAGAAUAACGCAUAUCCACUUGUUGGAUAAACCAAAGAAACCUGCACUUAGAUCAACCAAAUCAUGUCCCGCCUGCGGAAAAUUUGGCCACAAAUUAGUAAAAUGUUAUAGUGUCCGUGGGGCGGUUAGAGAUGGACUGGUAUUCAUAAAGAAUGGGCACGUAUACUCCUCCUCUGGCGAACAACUAAAGCUUAAUAAAUCCGAAGUGAUGGUAAAGAAGUAUGCUAAUUUGUUUCAGAGAAGAACGUGA